AUGGGCGAAGGAAAAAACCGAAAUUUAGUCAAGGAAUCUGAAACUUCAAAAAUGGGUAUAAAUAUAAAAAAAGAGCUCAGUUUCCAAAAAACACAAGAUAUAUAUUGGGAAAAAAUCACAUCUAAUUCAUUACGUUCCAAUUUACCAUUUAUUCCUCGAACUCAUUUAUCAUUUAGUUUUCGAAACUUACCAUAUCGAAAGUUUCUUUGUGAUUUAGCAGCAAAAGGAAUUUUAAAAGAUUAUAGAAAAUAUAAUAGAACAAAAAUUUUUUUACAAAAAGCUGAGGGAAGAUGUCAUGAUGAUAAAUUUACAGAAAUAAUGUUUAAUAUAGCAAUACCUUUUGGUAAAAGUAAAGAUUUUAAAAAAAAUGAAAAAAUGUUAUGUGAUGCAUAUAUUGCAUGGACUGAUGAUAAUUAUACAACUAUACAAUUUGAAAGUUUAGCAAAAUUAACUGUCAUAAUGAAUGGUGAAGGUUUUUUCAAUGGAUAUACACAUUAUCAAAUCCCAUUUAAACAAAAAAAUUUUACAAAAUGUUUUUUUAUUAUUUCAGGAAGAUCUACACAAAUUACGUAUCAUACUAAUGGAAGAAAUGGUAGAACAUCACUUUAUAUACCAUCACCUAAAAAUGAAAGUAUUGAAAUUAAUUUUGAAGAUAAAAUGAAAAAUUCUAGAAAAAGAAAAUAUAAUGAAAAUGUUAAAAUUUCUCAAUCCCCACCACCAACACCUGAAUCUAUGGAUUUAGAAAUUGAUUCUAGAGAUUAUAUUGGUAUUAUCCAGAUAGGUGAAUAUUAUUUAAAUAAGAAUGGUGAUUAUGAAUACCAUAACAAAUUAUGUGGUAAGGGUAUACAAUUAUUAUCACCAUCACAUUUACAACAGUUUGAUUUUAACAUUUCAUCAAUAAUGCACAUGUCAGCAAAAGACUUAUUUAAUUUAAUUAAAAAAAUUAAAAAAAUAGCUAUUAGAGAGACACUGCCUUAUUUAAUGUUAGAAUUUGAAGUUGAAGAAGUUAAUAAAUUAUUAGAAAAAACAAUAGAAGAGCAAAAAAAAUUAAUUGGAACAUAUGAAAUACAAGAAAAUAUUCAUACAACAACACAAAUUGAAUAUCGUUUAGAAUGGAAAUCAAAUACAACAGCUGAAAGAGUUUUUAGAACUAUGAAAUGUAUUGGUUGUAAUUCAAAUUUUGACAAUAUUAACAAUUUAGUUAUACAUUUAAAUACUCAUUAUUUACCAUUUAAUUUUGAUGCUAUUAUCACUAAUUUUCAGAUAAUCAUUAAUGUGUCUUUCAAAGGUUUUCCUCAAGACCGUAUUCUCAAUUAUAUUGAUGUUAAAAAUAAUUAUUUUUAUAAAAAAAAAAUAAAUAACAAUAGAAGAUUUAAAAAAAUUCCAAGAAGAAUUAUACCUAGUAGUACAAUUAUUUUUGUGGGAGGAAAAACAAUGAGACAAUAUGUAUUAAAUAAAUAUUAUUAUUCUAAAUUAAAGUAUGAUCAUACAAAUUUUAUUAAAGAAUAUUCAGAAAAUGAACCAUCUGAUGAUGCAUUGUUAGCAUUACCUUUUCCUAGAAUAGCACCAGAUUUUGCCACCAGAAAUCAUCAAAUUCCUUUUCCUGAAUAUGAUUGGGAUGAGAUAGUUGUGACUAAUCCUUGUGUUGAUUAUCCAUUUGCAACACCAAAUUAUUAUACUGAUAAAAAUAUUUUAGAAGGAAAUUAUUAUAUAGAACUGCCGAGUGAAGAAUUUCAUUCUGUUAGAUUGGAACGUAGUAUAAUUCAAAGUAAAUGUAGUUCAAUAGAAAAAGUAUAUUGUUUAUUAUGGGAUAAAUUUGUUUAUGAAAAUAAUAUUGGUACACCAAUACUUCCUCAUGAAAAUAUGUGUAAAGCGUUAAUACAAUUUUAUUUAAAUUAUAUUUUUGAAAGAGAUGAUAGAUAUUAUCUUCAUCAAUGUUUCCUAACUCAUGGUAAUAGUUUGGCCAUUAAUAACUAUAUUACCGUGGAGGAAAGAUCAAAAGUCUUUCGGUUUUGCAGCUUAGAUUUUAUCAACAUCUCGGAUUAUGAUAACAUUGAUUUUGAUAAUCUAUAA